GAAUCGCUCAACUCGUAUAUGCCUGUUUUGACGAACACUGAUGGAAAUUUUCAGUCAUGUGUGGCGAUAUGUACAGCCUAAACGGAAAAGAAACAGGCUUCAUCUGAUCCAGGUUGAAUUAGUAGCAGUGUGUGGAUUAAUUUGAAUCGAUUCGCUCGGCUCGCGUUGAAGAGUCGUUUGACAGGAACCGAGUCGUUGUGAGUCACUGCGCUGACUCGUGUUGGCGUUCAGUUGUUCACAUGGAGCCAAGUUAGAAUGGAUGUGUGUCGGGUUGUCUCACUUUCUGCUUACCUGAGAUAGGAAACUAUGAAAAAAGAGUGUUUUUGUAGCUGCCUUUGGGGUGCAGAAGACCUAUCCUAAACGAUUUGAGAUGAAGAAGGACAUUGACACAUUAAUAGCUGAAGAACGAGCUGACAUCAUCUCAAAAUAUGACAAGGGCAGAACGGAGGGCGUUAACAUUAACCCUUGGGAGGAUGCCAACUAUGACGUCUACAAGUUCACGGACCGCUUUGGCUUCCUGCAUGAGAAGGAGUUGCCCACACCGAGUACAGUGGAGGAGAAGCAAAAACAUCAGGAGGUAGAAAGGGUGGAGAAAUGGCUUAAGAUGGUGAAAAACUGGAACAGGUACCAUAACAGUGAGAAGAUGAUGAAGCGUGUUUAUAAGGGGAUUCCCCUGCAGCUGCGUGGCCAGGCCUGGGCUCUCCUGCUGGAACUGGAGAAGGUGAAACAGCAAAAUGAGGGGAAAUAUGAGAAAAUGAAGGAACAAGCCAGGAACUUCUCAACAGAAAUCAAACAGAUAGACCUGGAUGUCAACAGGACUUUUAGGAAUCAUAUAAUGUUCAUGGACAGAUUUGGAGUCAAACAACAAGCCCUGUUCCAUGUGCUGGCGGCGUACUCGGUCUACAACACGGAGGUGAGCUACUGCCAGGGCAUGAGCCAGAUCGCGGCCAUUUUACUGAUGUACCUAAACGAGGAGGAUGCAUUCUGGGCCCUGUCUCAGCUUCUCACAAACCAGAAGCAUGCUAUGCAUGGAUUCUUCAUUCCUGGCUUUCCCAAACUGCUACGCUUCCAGGCUCAUCAUGACCAGAUCCUGGCUAAACUCCUUCCAAAACUCAAGAAGCACUUGGAUAAGGAGCAGAUGACUACUGGUAUAUACACAACCAAAUGGUUCCUGCAGUGUUUUAUCGACAGGACACCAUUCACGUUGACGCUGCGUCUCUGGGACAUUUACAUACUUGAAGGAGAGAAGAUUUUGCCUGCGAUGGCCUACACAGCUCUUAGAAUCCACAAAAAGCGUCUUUUGAAGAUGCCUUUGGAGGAUCUGCGAGAGUUUCUGCAGGAGAGCAUCUCUUCCUCCUUCCAGCUGAGCGAUGAUGCUGUUAUAGAGCAGCUGCAGGGCGCCAUGACUGAGCUACGAAAAAUGAAGCUGGAUCUUCCUCCUGCACCUAAAGGUGAUGAGCUCCCGAAGAAGCCUCUGGGCGUAGAGCGUCCAGUUGUGCUAACCCCUAUAACCUCUGUUCAGCCAGCCAAAGCUCCUGACCAACGCCCAGCUCAUCCUCAAACAACUAACCCCACCACACAGAAUCAGCCCCCACCUAUGCCUCCAGCCAGACCAGUAUCCCCGUACACCCAGGCACAGUGUCCAAAACUCCAAAUCUCGUAUUCAGAGCCUGAAGGCUCAGAGACUGGUGCUGCAGAGGAGAGGCUGGUUUCCUCUUCUGCACGUAAUUCUCUGUCGCCGGAGAGUAGAAAAAACAUUUUCAAGGCAGACUCGGGUGAAUGGCCUCCUCCAUACCUGCCCUCGGAGACUGAUGUAUACAGCGUGGACUCUCUGAAUCUCCCUGAACUGCCCCCACCUCCUCUGCCCUGCCUCGACCCAGAGUCAGGGGUUGACCUUUCACCCUCAGGGGAAUCGCUCCUACCAGCGCCACCCCAACUGGACCUCAUCCAGGCGGAUCUGUCUACAUCACCGUCCUCCUACAGGUCACAGCGAAACUUUGGCAAGUUCCCUGUCAAUUUUUACAUCCCGGGAUCCCCGAGUGCUCGACGGCCCUCUGAACACUCUCAUUAUGACAAUCUGUCUGAAGAAGAUGAGCAAUCUGGAGAGAAGAUUCCAGAAAAUGGGACAAACCAGGAGGACUCAGGCAUCUCUUCUCAGCCCUGGCCUGCUCCACCUAGCUUCUUUUACAUUCCUGACUCGGCUCCAGUUCCACCGCCAAAGCCCGGCACAGAACACCGUGACACUCGUGGCUGUGUGACGUCAAACUGCACAUUCCUUCGACCCACACCCGAGUUUGUGGACCCGUCGUCCACUGUUUCCUCUCCCCUGCUCUCUUACACGGCCGACAGGUCUGCACAGAACCAGAACAACACCUACAGGAAUCAACUGCAGGCUCCCAGACUGCCAAUAAAACCUGCAGCACUUUCCUCAGGACCCACACCGGUGUGUGCUGACUUUAACCGGAUGCAUGUCCCAAAUCGCCAACCGCCAAAGCCGGUGACCUUCUAGCACAGGAAACUGUGCACUCUCCUUUGUGCCAUUGCAAUAAAAAAGAACAAAAGAGGCCGUGUUGUGUGUCCAUGAUGGUUAAGAUUUUCCCAACGUCAAGCCGCUUUUUAAAUUCUUGUGUAUUAGAGUCACCUUUUAGUGCUCAAGAAUUUGUUACUCAUUUUGUGUUUAGUGAUAUCUAAUGUAGAUUAUUUUGCUUCAUUAGGGUAGCUGUGUGUUUGUGCACAUGUACAGUACAUGUGCGUGCGUGUGUGCACAUACUGUGUGUGCGUUCGUGUGUUAGUCUGUUAUAUUCUUAUGCUUUGGUUCUUAUGUUUUGUUAGGUUUUGUUCCUUUUUUUUUUUUUUUCAAAUAGUAAGUCAGUUGUCAGUAUUAAAAAUCCUGAUUUCUUACAUUUGUUUACAAUUCAAGGUAAACUAGAUUAUUAUAAGGGUGCCAUUAUUUUGUGUAUACAGUAAGCAUACACAGUAAUACUUUCAGGAUAAUCUACAUUACACACUCCUCCCCUUAGGCAUUUUGAAGGGUGUCCAGAAAAGUUUUCUCAUAAAUGGCUUGCAGAUUUAAGUUCUUACUGAAAUAUUUUGAAUAUGUGUGUACAGUGGUUGUUUAGGCAGCUUUGUGUUCUUUGUUUCAUGCAAAACUUGUCAUGUACAGUGUAAAACACAUACUUUA